UCGUGAGGCAAGCCGGGUACACAUGAGGGGCGCUCUUGUGCUGCUCUUUGCCGCAUGCGGGCUGGCGGGGAAACACGGUGGUGCUGGGCACAAGCACCAAACACCAGCCUGCGUUGAGCAUCCGAAGGAGUGCACAGACCUCUGCGCGAGCGUUGGCAAGUUUGUAGGAAUGAACCGCAAAGGAGUGCAAGACGGACGUGGAUGGAGCUGGUACUACCCAGCCGUGCAGAAGUACGCCACCUGCAUUCGCGCGGAGAAGUGGGUGGAGGUGGGUGCCGCGUGGGGCGCGCUUGCAAAGCACAUGCUGCAGCAUGCGACGAUCGAAGCAGGUGGGCCGAUCGCGGAGUACCACAUCGUCGACCCCUUUCUUGGCGGGUAUGACGAGAAAGAUCCGAUGAGCCGGAUGUUCCGGUUGGCCGUCGCGAACCAGUCCUACGAGAACAUCUCAAUCGCGUGGGCCCAAAACAUUGGCUGGGCUCUUGGCGGCGGCGGUGAGGCUGCCGCGGGCUGCCGCUUGCGCGUCCACCGCGAGACGUCCGUCAGCGGCGCGCGACUCUUUGCAGACAAGAGCGUCGACGCCGUGUUCAUCGACGGGCUGCACACGUACGAGGGCGUGAAGGAGGACAUCAUCGCGUGGGCACCCAAGGUCAGGGAGGGCGGCUCGCUCAUCUUCAACGACUACCCAAACACCGUGUGGUUUGCUGGCAUCCAACGGGCAGUGGACGAGGAGGCCGCACGGCGCGGAGUAUCGCUUCGCUUCAUCAACCCAAAGCAGCAUGACAACGCCGUCCUGGGUGGCGAUCCCAACUGCGCUGAGCUGGCGCCUCCCCAAGCGAAAAGGCAGGGCAAAAAGCACGGCCACGGCAAAAAGCACGGCGACGCAUAGCGCCGCCUACAGGCGACGCACACCGCCUCGAUCCGGCCCGCCUAGUGUGGGGGAGGGCGGUCAUGCCGCGGAGUACGGAGGGUUGCUCGUCCCCGAGCCCACCCCGGCACACAAUAAAGCCUUCCAAUGCGGGCGGUCAUGCCGUGCAGUACGGUUGCUCGUCCGUCGUCCCUGAGCCCACCUCGGCACACACAAUAAAGUCUACCAGUGCGGGCGUGUCGCCCCCUACCGUAAAGAGUCUCACCUUAUGC